ACGGAUGACGAGUGCUGCAAGCAGCUGAUCCCGUUUAUUGAAGAUGGCAAUAUUUCCCGUGCUCUUAAUAUGGCACGCCUCUUUCAUUGUGCUCCUGUCAUGCAGCACAUUCUACAGAAACUUGGGAGGAAAAAAGAAUUGCUACAGUACUAUCUCGAAGGCAACAAGCUCUCCGAAGCGAUAGAUUUGUGUAACACUGAAAAGAGUAAGGAAAUGUGGCUCGAUACGUUGGUUCAUGUCUCGAAAGUCGAAGGUGCAGUUGACGAAAACCUAAUCAUAAAGCUCCUUGAAGGAGUGGCAGCAGUUAAGGAUUACGUGAUCAGGUGGCUUGAUGCGCAAAGGAAGCAGAUAGAAGCAGAUCGGAAGGCGAUUGCAGAUGGUGAACGUCGAGUAGAAGAAAUCGACAAGCAGAUGGAAUCUCUCAAGUUUAAUGUCCAAGUACUGCAGGUGAACAAGUGUAGCGCUUGUGACACCGCUCUUCAACUUCCUGCAGUGCACUUCCUCUGCCGACACAGUUACCAUGUUCAUUGCUUCGAGUCCUACAGUGAUAGACCCGACGUGUGUCCAGCUUGCGUGGGACCGAUGGCUAGGGAAACUUCAAGGGAAAGCAUAAGCGACAAGGCUGCCUAUCAAAUGUUCCAUAAAGAGUUGAAUGGAGCUGUCAAUGGAUUGGAAGUUAUAUCAAAGUAUAUUCGAAGUGGAGUAUUCGAUAUGUCGAAGAAGAAUUCUCAGAAAAAGGGAUCCACUGCUGUGUCACCAGCCGAUUCUAACAGAGGUGAUGGCAAUCCUUUUGAAGACGAUGAUGAUCUUAACCCAUUCGCUGAUCGUAGCACCUUGAGCACCAAGUCAUCAGAUUCAACUGGCAGGCGAAUCUCAUCUACAAAAGCUCCUAGUGCUAACCGUCCAUCGGCCUAUGAUGACUCGAAAAAUCCGUUCAGAGUAGGGACAAACCCUUUCGAAGAAUAA